AUGCUGGGGGAGUCUCGGAUGGAUAUUGCCGAGUUUCGGAAGGCUGCCAAGGAGGCAAUCGAUCUGAGUGCGUUCCUGCCCCAUACCUGUUACCGUAGCGUUGUGGACGAUGAACCUCCGAGGUGGCCGGCCGCAUACUGUUUCUUGCCAUCUACCUACCUCACAUCCCUCCCUACCUGUCUAAGGCUGCCUUUUCUACAAGCUGUCAUUCCCGCACCGACUGACUUCGCCGAUUAUCAUGAGUCCAUUCCCACCCAACCCGUCCUUUCCCAUGUCGAACCCGGAUACCUUCGUCCCCUUCUCCCAGCGGAACCGCCCCUCGACCCGGAGCCCUUCAGCAAGAUCCAGGAUGAUAUUCGCUCCAAGAUAAUGCCCGGCAUCACCCACUGGUCCUCUCCCGGUUUCAUGGCCUUUUUCCCCUGCUCCACCAGCUACCCUGCUGCCAUCGCCGAGAUGUGGUCCAAUGCUUUCAACGGUGCUCACUUCAACUGGGUAUGCAGCCCAGCCGUCACCGAGCUCGAGACCGUCGUCCUCGACUGGUUGGCAAAGGCCCUCGCCUUGCCCGAAUGCUUCCUCAGCGGCGGCCCGACCCACGGUGGCGGCGUCAUCCACGGCAGUGCCAGCGAGGCCAUCAUCACGGUCAUGGCAGCCGCGAGAGACAAGUUUUUGACCGCCAAGACGGCUCAUCUUCCCGACGGCCAUGACCGGGAAGAGGAGAUGUGGCGUCUGCGAAGCCGCUUAGUGGCCCUCGGUAGCUCUGGAGCACAUUCGAGCACCAAAAAGGCGGCCCAGAUCCUCGGCGUCCGCUUCCGUACUGUCCCCGUCGACGAGGAGCACGGCUUUGCCAUGCAGGGCGACGCCUUGGCAAGCACCCUCAGCGAACUCGCCUCCAAACAUCUUGAGCCCUUCUACCUCACCGCCACGCUCGGCACCACUGACGUCUGCGCCGUCGACGACUUCCCCGCCAUCGUCAACGUCCUCGCACCCCGCGACGGCACUUCCAACGAGAUCUGGGUUCAUGUCGAUGCCGCUUAUGCCGGCUCGGCCCUCCUCCUCGACAGAAACAGGUCUAUUGCCAAACCUAUGGCCAGGUUUCACUCCUUCAACGUCAACCCGCACAAGUGGAUGCUUACCACCUUUGAUUGCUCCGCCGUCUGGGUACGCAGUCGCGCCGACCUCAUUGCCUCUCUGAGUAUCAAGCCUCCGUACCUGCGCAACCAGUUCUCCGACAACGAGCUUGUAACCGACUACCGUGACUGGCAGAUCCCCCUGGGCCGCCGUUUCCGCUCCCUCAAGCUCUGGGUCGUCCUGCGCGCAUUUGGCGUUCGCGGCCUGCAGAACCACAUCGACAAGGGUGUCAUGCUGGCAGAGAAGCUCGAGGCCAGCCUCCGCGCUCGCAAUGACCUCUUCAUCAUUUUCACCCCCGCCAAAUUCGCCUUGGUCACACUGCGGGUAAGCGGCGAUGGCGAGGCAGAAAUCAAUCGCCGCACCGAGUCUCUAUACGACACCAUAAAUGCAUCUGGUCACUUCUACCUUACGAGUACUGUCGUCAACGCCAAGUUUGCCAUUCGGGUAUGCACCGGCGGGGCGGCUGUGCAGAAGGAGCACAUAGAGAAGCUCUGUGAUGAACUCGUAGAGGGGGCAGAGAAGCUCAUCAAGAGAUCAUAA